AUUUUGUGCGUUGCGUUCAGGCUUUACUGAACCAAAACAAAAACCAGAAAGAAUCUCCAUUUCCAUAUAGAGAGAUAGAGGGAGAGGGGGAGACAGAGAGACAAUCUCUCCAGUUUCUUCCAAUAGAAAUGCGGUCAAUACCGUUAGGAUUCUCAGUAUCUCCAACAUCCAUAAACAACCACCUUAAUUUCAAUCUCAAGAAACAAAAACAACAACGACAACAACAAAAUCAGUAUUUUUUUACUUCUUCUUCAACAGGGGUUUCUCGUCAUGAACUCACUCUCUCUUCUCUCCCCAAAUCAGGACUAUGCAGAGCAAGUCAAGUGGCUGAAUUUUAUCCCACUGUAUCUCCGGAGAUAGUUGUAAGGGAAGCGCGGUUGGAGGAUUGUUGGGAAGUGGCUGAGACUCACUGCAGUUCCUUCUUUCCUGAAUAUUCCUUCCCUCUAGAUUUUGUGCUGAGGGUUGACAGGCUGGCAGCCAUGCUAUCAGGAUUCAGUAUACCAAAUGGCUGCAGAAGAACCUGUCUGGUUGCCGUCGUAGGUAGCUCAGUUGAUCAAACUUUCUAUAUUGGAAUUGAAAAUUUCAAAAUUGGAGGUUUUGAUGGGAAGUUCAGUCUCAAUCGAGGCUAUGUUACUGGGAUAUUGACUGUGGACACUGUUGCCGAUUUUCUUCCAAGGAAAGGCCCACUCAGGCAGAGAAGGACUGGGAUUGCAUAUAUAUCCAAUGUUGCUGUUCGGGAGAGAUUUCGUCGGAAGGGGAUAGCUAAAAGACUCAUAGCGAAGGCAGAGGCUCAAGCUAGGAGCUGGGGCUGCCGUUCCAUUGCUUUGCACUGUGAUUUGAAUAAUCCUGGAGCUACAAAACUGUAUAAAGGGCAGGGUUUCAAAUGUAUUAAGGUACCAGAAGGUGCAAGCUGGCCCCAGCCUAAGACCUCUCCAGAUAUCAAAUUCAACUUCAUGAUGAAGCUUCUAAACACCCCAAUCACCACAUAGAAUUUUUAGGAGCACACGAAGAAUUGAUAAGGUAAAUCGUUGUAGGAAAAAUUGAAAGUAGGAUAAUUGAACUGCCUCGUAUAAUCUUGUAUAUGUGCUGGAUAUUAAAGGGAUUUCCACGGAUCUCAUAGUGCUGUAUUUAUGAUGCCUGCAAUGUCUACCGUGUGCCCGUUUGUGUGAUA